AUAACGUCCAGAUGACGUCGCCGAGACAGGCAUAAAUCAAAAAAUACAUCAAUCCUCCACCCAGAUAUAUCUACAUACACACAACUACAAAUACAAAUGCACUCCUCCAUCCACAAUCAAUCAAUCAAUCAAUUAGAUUAACCAAAACAUACCUCCACCAAAGAACAGAAACAACCCCCAAAAUGUCCCAAAAGAAACAACACACGGUAGCCGUCAUCGGCUCCGGAAACUGGGGCUCAACAAUCGCCAAAAUCCUCGCCGAAAACACAUCCUCGCAUCCGGACCUCUUCACUCCCAACGUACAAAUGUGGGUAUUCGAAGAACAAAUCCAGAUCCCGUCCGACUCAUCACACCACUCUAAAUUCGGCGACAAGCCCCAGAACCUAACAGAAGUCAUCAACUCUGUCCACGAGAAUGUGAAGUACCUACCUGGCAUCGCGCUCCCGGAAAACCUGAUCGCGAACCCAGAUAUCGAAGACGUGGUGAAAGAUGCCACGAUCCUAGUCUUCAAUCUACCGCACCAGUUUAUCGAGGGGAUACUGGAUCAGAUCCGGGGAAGACAUCUACCGUAUGCGCGGGCGAUAUCGUGCGUAAAAGGGGUAGACGUUACGGAUGGGGAGGUGACGUUGUUUUCGGAGUUGAUUAUGGAGAAGCUGGGGGUUUAUUGCGGGUCGUUGUCCGGGGCGAAUAUUGCGCCGGAGGUUGCGGCGGAGAAGUUUAGCGAGACGACUAUCGGGUAUGAUACGCCGCCGAUGGAUGUCGACGCGGAGGAUGGGAGCCCGGCGGAAAAUCGGAUCAAGGUCGAUGAGCAAAGGCAGACGAAGACGAGGCCGACCCAUACGAAGUUGACGCGGGUGCCGCGGGAGCUUGUGACGGUUGAUGGGGAGUUGUUGCGGACGCUCUUUGGACGUCCGUAUUUCCAUGUGAAUGUGGUUAGGGAUGUUGCGGGCGUUGCGCUGAGCGGUGCGUUGAAGAAUAUCGUGGCGUUGGCCGCGGGGUUUGUCGCAGGGAAGAAAUGGGGGGAGAAUGGUAAGGCGGCAGUCAUUCGAGUUGGCGUAUUGGAGAUGGUGAAGUUUGGACGCACCUGGUUCCCGCAGUCGGUGGAAGAAAGGACUUUCACGGAGGAGAGCGCGGGUAUUGCCGAUUUGGUUGCGUCUUGCUCGGCGGGGAGGAACUUCCAGUCAGCGAAGCAUGCUGUUGAGAAAGGUGUGAGCGUGGACGAGAUUGAGAAGUCGGAGAUGAACGGGCAGAAGCUGCAGGGCACGUCGACGGCGAAAUCUAUUCAUAAAUUUCUUGAAAAACAUGGGAAAGUGGCAGACUACCCUUUAUUUGAUGCUGUAAAUGGUAUCCUCGAGGGAAAGACGAGCGUGGGCAGUCUGCCAAAGUUGUUGGACAAGAGAUUUGGCUAGAGCUACUACAGAGUCUGCACUGCUAGAAUGCACAAAGAGAAAAGAGAUGUAUAUCAUAUGGGGGCAGUAGACUUGGGACGAACAUCGACGAAAGGCGGGUCUAUGGUAUUAAUUGUACUCAUAAUCAUUAUAGGGAACGCUGUACAGCAUAAAUCAAACAGAAGGGACCGUAGUCUUCAAGCCCUUAGCUAUCCGGCGCAUUUGCUCACAGUAA